CGUCAACAACGCACAGUACCUCGUUUUCGAAACGCACAGCAGUGGCCAGUGUGUGUAUGAGCGCACCUAGCACACGGCAGAAGCACACAAACCCAAACACUCUCCACGGCGUGGGCAAACGUCCGCCGCGCGCCUUGGUCCAGCAGUCUACAGCAGACCGCAACUCACCGAAGGGUAACAAGUCUCGUAAGCGGGUCCAGACCAAGCCGACAGCAGGCAUGCCGGCCAACACCACCCCCGCGGCACUCGCAGCCGGCAAUGCCAACGCCAGCUCUAGUCCUGCCUCGCUCGCUCCGGCGUCCACAGGCGCCGCCGCUGCCACAAGCAAGGGCAGCGGCAAGGGCGGCAAGGGUGGCAAGGGUGGCAAGGGCAAGGGCGGCAAGGGCAAGGGCGGCAAGGGCGGCAAGGGCAAGGGCGGCGGUGGGAAGCAAAAGGGCUCUGCCGCCAACAACCAAGGUCAGAGCCAGGGCUCUAAGGGCUCCAAGGGCUCCAAGGGCUCCAAGGGUGGCAAGGGUGGCAAGGGCAAGGGCAAGAAGGGCUCCAAGCGUAGCUCGGGCUCGGCACCGACGCCCACCGACGGCUUUUAUUCGGGCUCCUCCUGGGCCAACUCUCCGCCGCCGGGAGCACUGCCGCAGCCCAAGUUCAAGGGCAUGCGCCGGACUGCAGGGCCAGCCGGAUCGCCGGCGGUCGCCUCGUCGCCGCCGCUGGGUUCGUCGCCGCCGUUGCCGCGCGGCCCGCUCUUUACGCAGCAGCCAUCACAUCCUUCGCCUGCCGCGCACAGCUCGCCGCUGCCGCAGGCCCACUCGCCUGCGCCGCAGCAGUACAUGACCGCGGAGCAGAUUGCGGCGUGGCAGGCCCACGCCAUGAACCAGGCCCACGCUCGCGCCCACGCGCACGCCAUGGCCCAGGCCCAGGCCCAGGCCCAGGCUCAGGCUCAGGCUCGCUCGUCGCAGGCAGCGCAAGCAAACGUCGCUCGGGCUCAUGCUCAUGCUCAGGCCCAGGCCCAGGCUCAUGCCCAGGCCCAAGCCCAGGCUUCGCUCAAGUCGAUGCUGGGCGUGGCGCCGAGCUGAUCCAUACGGCUUUGUUUCUGUUGGAGGCUGGGUCACUCGAGAAUGCGAAUGGACGCUCCCUUGAGCGAUGGCUCCACCUCCCCCAAGGGAGUGUCGGAGGGUUGCAGCGUUGUCGGCGGGAAUCCGACCGACAAUCUAAAGUCACUCGACACUUCCGAUUGCAUGGCAAGUGCCACAGCCGCAAACAGCCCGUUCACCGUGUCACGC